GGCUAUCAAUUCCAAGCUGGUGAUAAAUUUAGGAGAGGUUUUUUGCUGCCUUCAGUGCAAAGUGGAACAGUUUUAUUUAAUUUGAAUAUGUACGAGCAAUGCGAUGAUGAAUUUUUGAAAACGACUUCAUUUUGGGAUGAAGGACAAUUUAAGCGCGUUCCACGGAAAAUGCUUCAAGGCAUUGAAAAUCUUGAUCUCAUUUCUCUUAUGGUUAAAGAACGUGCUGAAGUAGAACUUUCUUAUGCGCAAUCUCUUGCAAAGUGGAGAGAAAGAUGGAUGGAAAAUUUCGAAAAAAGCGGUGAAUCCGGAUCUUUAAAAACGGCAUUAGUGGGCUGCCUCGAUCAAGCACGAACAGCUUCUGAAAUUCACUUGGAAGUGAGCAAUUUGCUUAUGGAUCUUUCAAAAGAUGAUCUUCCAAGAUACAAGAGAAAUUGUUAUACCAAGGAAUUUAUUGGUUAUAGAGAGCCUAAAUUAGCCAAUAAAGCUUUUUCCAAAGCGCAAAAGCCGUGGGAAAAGUUAUUAGAAAAAACGCAUAAGAAACAGCUAAAGUACCACAAAUUCUGUUGCCUCCAGUACGAAAUUGCACAGCAUCUCUCAGGACCGUUCGUCAGUGAUUCACUAGAUCGUAAAAAAGAAGCUGAGAAUUUGGAAAAAGUUGUGAUGAAAAAAAGUACUGCUUGCGAUAAGUAUAAUUCGGCAUUAAAGAAUUUAAGGAAUUACGUUGAACGAUAUCAAACCGAUAUGAUUGGAGAAUACAUGAAGUGUCAAGAUUAUGAGCUCAGCCGCCUCCACGUUAUCAAGAAGACUCUUUUGAAAUAUAUUUCUGUGCUUAAUAUAACUUUAAGGGCAAAUUAUCACACGCAAUAUGAAGUUUUAACCUCCAAAGUGAGCGGAUUGGACGCGGUUCAGGAUUUGACCAAUUACGACAGACAAUUUGGCAUCGGCAUGUUGUUAAAGGUCCCUCUUUUUUUUGAUUGGACGGUGGACAUGGCCACUUCAUCCUCGAUCACUUUUCCUUAUGAAGAGCGGCUCGUCUAUAACGCGUCGCGCAGUGUAUACGAAAAUAAAAAGGCUCUUGAUAAUGUUUAUUCCUGCGAAAAAAAUAUUGAAAGACAACCUUCUUAUAAUAAUAUAAAAAAUGCAGCCAGUAUUUAUAAAGCGACUGCCUCCUACAAAGCAGUUCGACCCUAUGAAUUGAGCUUAAUUGAAAAUGAAAGAGUUUUUGUGGUGGAGCAGAAAAAUGAUGGAUGGUGUCUUGCUGAAAACAAUUUUGGAGAUCGCGGCCUCGUCCCUUCCAGCAUUCUCACUCGCUCGCAAUCUUUGACAUGAAUUUUUUUUUGUCCUCAAU